CUCUCCAAAACAAACACACACAGAUUUGCCCAUUGAUGGAUUAAGUGGAGAUUGCUUUAGUUUUUUCGUGAGCCUCCAUGCUUUCUUCCACUCAUUAGUUUUAGCUGCUGUUGUUGCUGCUUCUUCAUCAAAACAAACCCAGAUCUGGGUUUUUCAAAACCAAAUCUGGGUUUGUCUCAAGCCCCAAUUUGGGUUUGAGACAAACCCAGAUCGGGGCUUGAGACUGCAUUUCUCCAUCCACCUCCGUUUCUUUCCUCACUCGCCAUUUCUCCUUUGAAUCGACGGAUACUAUUGUGAAGAAGAGCUUGAAGCCUGGCGUCAUGGCCCCCGCACGACUCUGCAACAGCAAUGGCUGGUUUGCGCUGUCGCAGGCUCGCUAUAGGCUUGGCCGCGUCGAGAUCGGUUCUGUCAACUCCGACUUCGGCAGCUCCUGCUCCGGCAGUAACAUGCGUCGGGAUCUAACUGGUUUCUGGGAUCUACCUGGUUUCUGGGAUCUACCUGGUUUCUGCGAUCUACCUGGUUUCUACGAUCUACCUGGUUUCUGGGAUCUACCUGGCUCUGUGGUUUACAAUCUCUUGGGCUUUCGCCUCUAACGAGCUAGCCACUGAUGCGAGCUUCAUUUUUGUUCUAGUUUUUUGAACUCUUGUGGUUUAUGUUCUAUUUUUUCAAACUCAUGGUUUUUGUUCUGUUUUUUCAAACUCUGGUGGUUGAUUUUUGGUUCUGAUGUUGCUAUUUUUUUUUGUCUUGAUGGAACUAGAACUAGAAUUUGUUGUUCUCUUUAAACCAGUGCUCGCUGGUUUCUGUGUUGAUUUCGCCGGCAUUUAGGUUUUGGUUUGCUGCAUAUUGAGUCUCCGGUGAUUCGAUACUGUUUCUUUUUGAUUUAUUUGCAUCCAUGUGAGUUGACUUGGUUUGAUGAAAUUCGAAUAUGUAUCUGAGGUUUUUUUUAGACUGUGAUUUAAUUUCUCUUUGUUGCGUUUCAAUGGUGUCAGAGGAGUCAUUUGGGUUUGAGAAAAACUCAUAUCUGGGUUUGAUUUGGAGAGGAAGAGGAAGGGACAAGAGAGAGAGAAAGUGAAAGAGGAAGAAGAGAUGACAUGGAAGUUUUAUUGUUAGAUUGUGAUUUAGUUUCUCUUUUGUUGCGUUUUAGUGGUAUCGAAGGAGUUAUCUGAGUUUAAGAAAAACCCAGAUCUGGG